CACUCUCGUCUCUCGACUCCACAACUACAGUCUCAACCAAAAUCCAAAAACCCUAGUUUCUCAGUUCAUCCAUUUUCGCGCAGCAUCGGUCUGCUAACAUCAUUUUUACCAAUUAAAGAUCAAAUUCAUCACCAAAUUAAUGAAUAAAAUCUGAUCGAAAUCAAUUUUUCUGGAAAAAAAAUCAAGAGAAACAAAAAUGUGGAGGAGAGUAUGGACCAGCAACAAUGGCGGACUAGAAAUUGGUGGAGGUGGUGGAACGAUGAUGAUGAAUUGGGUGAGAUAUAUGUCGAGAAAACGAGCUGAAAAUCUGAGGAAGAUAAACCCUAAAGUUCCGUAUUCUGAAGCUACUUCCAUUGCUCAAAAUCUCUAUAAUUUGAUCCAGCAUCGUGGUCCUCUCACCAUUGGCAAUGCUUGGACUAACAUCCAGGAAGCUGGCAUCAGUGGAUUAAGCAGUAAAACACACAUGAAGAUAAUGCUGAAAUGGAUGAGAGGUAAGAAGAUGCUGAAGCAGGUUUGCCAGAAUAUUGGGUCUAACAAGAAGUUUCUGCUGUGCACACCACAAGAUUCUCAAGCUGUGCAGUCAACAGGUUCUCCUAGAGUGAAGUUGCGAACUGAAAAAUCUUCAAAAUUGAGGAAAAAACACAAGAAGUGACGGGUUUUACCAGAGUUUUCGCGCUCUCAAAAUAAUCUAGACUAUUGUUUAGGAUUUACUGUGUUAAAUCAUAUUUUGAUUGUUAUUCCCUGUUUCAUCUUUUAAAUCAAAUUAUGAUACUGUAUCAGUAUUACCGAAGGUUAUCUUCUCUCUUUCUGAACCUGUAACUUUAGAAUUGGCAAUUUUACAGAGGCAAGUGCUAUUGAUGUUUCA